CCAGGAAGAUGGGCCCAGGUGGGGAGCAGGCCAGUCGGUCCUCAGCUGGCAGGCAGAGGGGGCUAGUGGCCAGGUGGCCCAGAAACCCAUGUCAUGACUACACACUCCUGGCCCGCUGAAGCCGCCUAGGUGGUGGGGUGGCCUAGCAUGGGUUGGGUACAGGCCCUAGCCCCACAGUGGGAUCCAAGCACUGUACUCUCCCUUCGGGGGCACAAACUGUAUGGCCUCUCAGGCCAGGAGCCAAGCCGGGCCAACAUGAGAGCUAGUGCACGGCAGACACAAAGCCAGGAGCAAGGUACCUUCUAUGCAGUGAGACAGGCCAGGCCUGGCAGGAUGAUGCCCCUGCUCAAUGCAGAGGUGUCUGAGUCUCGGGCCCACCCUCCCACCAGGGCUUCUAUUUACAGGAGCCUGGUUCCUACCACAGACUCCCAGCACCCCUCUCACCUGCAGCACAUCUGACCUCCUGCCCGAGCCCUUUCUCUGGGUAGCCCAAGCCCUCCUGCAGCCCAGGUCCCCAUGUCCUCCUUCAGAGCCCUCUGCUGCUGCGCCUUCCAGUGCCCGUGGCCUCAGUGGUGCUGUGGGUCAGCCCUCUGAGGCCUCUGAUCAGGGCCAUGCAGCCCUCUCUGCAGCCAGAGGGGCUGGUGGUCACUGGGCACAUGGUGGGAAAGGGGAGAGAAGGACAUCAAGGUGGCAUCUUGGCCUCGGUGGCUGGGAUCCACCCAUCCCAGAAACCCACCAGCAAGCGGCCAGCCCGGAGGUGGGCAGGUCUGUCCUUAUGGGAGGCUGGCUUUCCUCAGUAUUUGUCUACACAACAGUCCUGAGAAAAGCAGCCAGGGGAUGGAUUAUUCCUCACACAGAGCACAAUGGCUGUGGUCCCUCCUGUGGGCUGCAGGCCCCAAGUGGCCAGGUUCCCUGGUCUCAGGCACAGGGUGGGACCUGGUCCAAUCCCCUUGUCUGCCUUCCACAGUUUACAGCAGCAAUAUCACGUUACAUUGGUGGAGUGGGCCUCGUGUUUCUGCAUAAAAAUACUCGCUGGGCACUGUACCUUCCUCUUGGAGUUUCAGAGCCAAGUCCCAAGGUCAAGAUGGAAACCAACAGGGAAGCAGCCCUCAGCCUUGCCCCAGCACUGUCUGCCUCCCUCAAGGGCCCUGAGGGGCUCAGCCUGGGCCUUGUCACUUGGAUUUGGGAGCCUCUCGGGCCCGCAGGGCCACCAAGCAUGGGUCCCUCCUGGGGCACAGGGCAUGGGUUCUCUGUUGGGAGGGCACCCACUGCCAGUCUGGUGCAUGGGCAGACUCUCCUAACCCUUACAACCUCUGUGCCUCAGUUUCUCUCUUUGUGAAGUGAAGUCAGAUGACCCCAUCCCCUGGGCUGGGCUAUUGUUGUCUGGAGGCAGGGACCCCUGAGGCUCCUGCCCUGUCCAUCCAAACUGAGGAGGCAGCUGCUGGGGUCGGUGCUCCCUGGCUCCUCCUGAGGAUUUCUCUCACGGGUACAGUGGACAGGCAAGAUGCUCUGUCCUGUCCAGGGCCUGACCUGUCUGCUACGAAGCCAGGCAGGUGGCCCAACGCUCAGCCCCUCUGGAGGCUAAGCUCUGAGCAGUGUGGAGCCAUAGCACCCCCAAAGUGCCGGUCACCAUGGCAACUGAGUCACCCACCAAGCCCAGACAAGAAUGGAGCGAGCUCGGAAGCACCUCAAGUGCAGGAAGAGCGCAAGCACAGGCAGCAGAGCAAGCCCACCCUGCACCUGACAGCGAGGACCCUGUGCUUCUCUACGGCUCUGCUGAGACCUGGGCCCUCUCUCUGCC